GUUGUUGUUGUUUAAAAGAGUUGUGAAUGACAGAUAGUCUAGUGUUGAAAUGUGUUUCCUAUCGGCAGUGUUGUUCUGCGAAGCUGUAGUUUAUUUAUGAGCUUCCAUCAGAUCCACUCACAGAUAAGAUUCUCUGCUUCCCUAGAGUCUUCCUCUCCUCUGCUGCCAUUGAGGCCAUGGACUAGAGCAGCUUUUGGUCCUGUGGUCAUCAGAUGGCUUCUCACCAAAUGUCAGCGAAGACUCUGAACAUGAGAACGUGAAGGCUGGCGUCCACCAAGGCCACCGCUGCACCUUGGGCAGCGCACACACAUGAUCACAUGACUCUGGACAUGGACGCGGUCCUGUCAGACUUUGUUCGGUCCACGGGGGCAGAACCGGGUCUGGCAAGAGACCUGCUGGAAGGUAAAAACUGGGACCUGAGUGCUGCUCUGAAUGACUAUGAGGAGCUCAGGCAGGUCCAUACUGCCAACCUGCCACAGGUCUUCAAUGAGGGCCGCUACUAUAAGCAGCCAGAGACACGUGAAACACCCACCCGAGUCAGCAAGAUCGACAGGUCGUGUGUGCAGAAGCAGGAGGACAAUGCACAAGAGAAGCGUCUGUCCCGUGGGAUCUCCCACGCCAGCUCUGCUAUCGUCUCCUUGGCGCGGCUGCAGGUGGCAAACGAGUGCACCAGCGAGCAGUUCCCUCUUGAGAUGCCUAUUUACACAUUCCAGCUACCCGACCUUAGUGUCUACAGCGAGGACUUUAGGAGCUUCAUAGAGAGGGAUCUGAUAGAGCAGUCCACCAUGAUGGCUCUGGAACAGGCGGGGCGCCUGAACUGGUGGUCCACCAUGUGCACCAGUUGUAAGAAGCUUCUUCCUCUGGCCACUACGGGGGAUGGAAACUGCCUCCUGCAUGCUGCUUCUUUAGGGAUGUGGGGCUUCCAUGACAGAGACCUGAUGCUGAGGAAAUCUUUGUACGCCAUGAUGAAGAAUGGAGCAGAGAGGGACGCUCUGAAGAGGAGGUGGAGGUGGCAACAAACGCAGCAGAACAAGGAGUCAGGACUAGUUUACACAGAGGAGGAAUGGGAGAGAGAGUGGAACGAGCUUCUGAAGUUGGCCUCCAGCGAGCCUCGCACCCAUCUCAGCAAAAACGGGAACACUAGUGGAGGGGUGGAUAACUCUGAAGAUCCGGUCUAUGAGAGUUUGGAGGAGUUCCAUGUGUUUGUGCUGGCCCACGUGUUACGCAGGCCAAUUGUAGUGGUGGCAGACACCAUGCUGAGAGACUCCGGAGGAGAAGCAUUUGCUCCUAUCCCAUUUGGAGGGCUCUAUCUGCCCCUGGAAGUGCCUCCGAGCCGGUGUCAUUGCUCCCCUCUGGUCCUGGCCUAUGAUCAGGCUCACUUCUCAGCGCUGGUGUCCAUGGAGCAGAGAGACCAGCAGCGAGAGCAAGCUGUUAUCCCUCUGACAGACUCCGAGCACAAGCUGCUGGCACUUCAUUUUGCCGUAGAUCCUGGCACAGACUGGGAGUGGGGAAGAGACGACAACGAUAACACCAAACUAGCCAAUCUGAUCUUGUCUCUGGAGGCCAAACUCAACCUGCUGCACAACUACAUGAAUGUAACAUGGAUCCGAAUCCCCUCUGAAACAAGGGCUCCCCUGGCUCAGCCAGAGUCUCCAACAGCCUCUGCAGGUGAGGAUGUCCAGUCUCUGGCUGAGUCCAUGGAAUCAGACCGCGAGUCUGUCGGCAGCAACUCCAACAUAAACACGGGCAAGUCCAGCAAAGAAAAGGACAAAGACAAGCAGCGCAAGGACAAGGACAAAAGUCGAACUGAUUCUGUUGCUAACAGAUUAGGAAGCUUUAGCAAAACACUCGGUAUCAAACUGAAGAAGAACAUGGGAGGUUUGGGAGGACUUGUGCAUGGAAAAAUGAACAAGUCAAACUCUGGCUCAGGUCGUACUGGAGAAAAUGGAGGAGAAAAGUCAAAGAAGAAGGAGUCAAAGACAACCAAAGGAGGCAAGGAAGAUUCAGGCCAUUCAACCAGCUCCACUUCCUCCGAAAAAGCCACAAGUCCAUCGCCUACAGAGGGAGACAGGCCAUCCAGCUCCUCCCCAACCGAAAGACAGGACAGCACUGGGCGAAGCUCAGGGGACAAAUCCUUGGAAAACUGGAAAUACAGCACAGAUGUCAAGCUCAGCCUUAACAUCCUGCGGGCUGCCAUGCAGGGGGAGCGCAAAUUUAUAUUUGCGGGGCUACUGCUGACCAGCCAUAGACACCAGUUCCAUGAGGAGAUGAUCAGUUACUAUCUGACAAAUGCAGAGGAGCGCUUUAGCCAGGAGCAGGAGCAGAAGAGGAAGGAGGCCGAGAAGAAGCCUCCCGUCACCACUGAGGUAUCAAUAAAGAAGAUGGAGCAUGAGAGCGUCUUCCAGAGGGAGAGGUCCGAUAGCUCUCCUCCGGAGAGCUGCUCUCCCAUCCUGCCCCACCACACCUACAACAACCCACCGCCCCUGCUGAGUCUCAAGAUGCAGGGCAGAAACAGUCCUGUACCUUCAGCAAACCUCUCUUCUGUCCAGGUCCCUCCUCUAACCCCUCCCCCAAGCUCACAUCACGUCUCCCAUCCAACCCCUGUCCCAGCCCCUGCGCCUUACUCCUCGCCCAGCAUCGGUGCUAAAAGAACCGGACCCAUCCCUGUGUCCGCCCACUACAGCCAUACGCCACCCAUCCAGAGGCACAGCGUGAUUCAUUUACAAGAUGUCAACAUGCAAUCCUCCAUCUUCCAAAACGAGCCCUUCAAGCCAGUGGUGGGCACCUUAAAGACAUGCGCCACCUACCCCCAGCAGAACCGCACGCUCUCCUCCCAGAGCUACAGCCCUGCACGCCUGUCAGGGGUCCGCACAGUCAACACCAUGGAGACCCUUUCCUACAAUAUGCCCGGCGAACACAAGUCCCACACAUACACCAAUGGAUUCAACGCGGGAGACAUUCAGGACUGCCUCGAGUUCGCCGACGAGGACAGUAUGCCUCACAGCUGGCUCGGCCAAGAAAAAAACAAAGGGCGAAGCUCCGGGAGCCCUUUGUACUGCUUUCAGCAGCGCCGCUGCAAGAGAGAGAACUGCUCUUUCUACGGGAGGCCGGAGACGGACAACUACUGUUCCUACUGCUACAGGGAGGAGCUGAAGCGCAGGGAGAGGGAGGUCAAAGGCCAUAGGCCUGCAUAGCCAUCACUGCUAAGUUCACCAUUAACGCGGCCGCAGGAGACCUGAGGGAACAACACCAUCUGCACUCUGCAUUUAAAAAAGAAACACGAUCGUGAACGUUCUCUGAGUAAAUUGAGUGAUGCUCGCGCUUUCCUGUCCCCGCUUCCUUGUUACCCCACAACGAGGGAAGCAGAACUUGAUACAGUGAGCAGCUUUGGCCAGAUUUUAGGUUCUUUUUUUUUUUUUUUUUUUUUUUUUUUUUAGUUCUUUUUACUUCUGUCCCAUCAAAUUAGUCUUUUACUUGUUUUAGAGUAAAAGUUUAUCUCUGUGAUGUAAAUUUAUGUGCAGGAAAGCUCUUUAUUUUUCAAAGUGCAAAAGGAUUUGCAUCUCAUCAGGAAGGGACAUUUUAGCUCUUUUAAUCAGUUGAAUGCAAUACCUCUGCCUGGUUCUCCGUGGGAUAUUUGUAGUUGUUUUGCAAUCAAAAGAAGUUUAACGGGGGGGUUAAUAUUAGACUUUAAAGCAAUAAAUUGGUAAUUCUUUGCUACACUCUCCCGGUUUUGUCUAUGCACCAAUAAUAUGGAUACUGUAGGUUAACUGUGUCUUGUGUGACCCGUAAAAGAACGUCACAGUGUACUUUUUGUAAACGAAUUUGAAAUACAGAAAUUAAACAUGUGUACGAGUUUUAGACUGUACUGUUGGAUUAGGAUGACAUGUUUAUCUCUCAUUUGUUGUGUGUACUUUUGCUUUUUUCAUGUUGAAGGGGUUUCUGUGUCAGAAUUGGAAUCAUAAUAUUUUGUAAUACCAUAUUUCACAUUUAUGCACGUAUCCUAAAAUCUACAAGCACUGCCAAGCUGGCUUCUUUACAAAGGAAAACCCAACUAAUAUUUACAGUCCAAAUUUUCAACUUGUUCUGUGCCAAACACUUUACAACUGCUUCUCAAAUAUGCAGUGGCCGUGGUGUUUCUCUUAGUUGCCUGUUGACAGAUCUGCUCUAUAAAUGUGUUUAGAUGAGACAAACUCUGAGUCGUGACAGUCGGCGGAUGUUUUUUUGCUUUUUUUUUUUUGUCUGAAGCGUUAUUGCCCCCACACGCCCGUUCCCACACAACACGAUGUGCAAUCAUGCUAACAGCACUGCGGUACAUGGUGACCUGCAGGUGAAACAUUAAAGAACAAAAGAAAGAAAAAAAAAAGUCACCAGGUUAGUGUGAGGUUGUUCUUCUUCCGCAUCCAGAGGCCGUUUAAAAAAAAAAAGCACCUGCUGCUAUGAGCACCUCAAGCCUUUGUGAUCUUCAGUGCUUUAACCAAUCAGUGGGAUUUUUAAGAGAGAUUAGAAAAAAAUAAUAAUACUAAAGAUAACCUGCAGCCUCUAAGUGCUUUCUGCUCAUUUGACAUGACUACUGUAAAGAUGCAGUGUUUGUGUUGCUGUUUGUCCUGGUGAUGCUUGGAUAAUGUGCCAUGCUGUCCUUAACAAAGUGUGUCCUGGCCAAGGAUGUCCACUGCUCCCUGGGUUUGCUUCUGUCUCUCUCCUGUACACACUGCAGUGUUGCUCCCCUGUUCUCUGUGACCAGUUCAUGGACUCCCACCUUAUUAGGACUGUAAGACAUGAUUUUGUAUUCCUUUGAGAGUUUUACACUACUUUAAAUUAUUGAUUUGCACAUUAGGUACAAA